CCGCGAGCCCAUCAUCGCAUACUCCAGUUUCCUCGUCCGCAUUGAAACGCACACAGGAAGGAAGGGAAAAAGAAUCACUAUCGCUCUCCCCAGCAGGGAGACGUCUCGUGUUCUUAUUAUUAUCUUCAUAUCCACGCAUCCCAAACCCAUUUCCUCUCUCAAUAGAACACCAUACGUCCAUACCUCUCCUCUUCCUCUAUAGAAUCUCAUAGUCUUAUCUAAACACCGUCCCUGGUGGUCCGUAUUUCCACCGGCAGUUGAAUCGCUUGUUUUACUGGUUCGUAGCAUCCUGGUUUAUGCAUACAAGCUGAAAUCUAAUCUUCUGCCGUUAACAUCGCGCUGAUUUUGUCGGGUUUGUAGUAGAAAUGAUGUCAGUGGAGAGAUCGUUUGAAGCUUGGGGAGAGGUGCAGAGGCAAGGGCAAGAUUUUGCUGAUAGGCUAGCGCAGGGGUUUACUGGGUUGAUUCACUCGCAUAUUACCCCUCCCUCUUUUUCGUGGCCAACCCCAAAAGGACCAAAGCUAUUUGAUGUUGAAUUUCCAGCUCAACAUUUUGUUCCUAAAGAAUUUGGGCUUGCAGUAGAUAAAGCGGGUAUACAAGGGGUUUCUGCUAUUCUGGACAUCGGGAAUAAGAUUGGACAGGCUGGAGCUGACUUUGGGGCUUGUUUGGAUGGUAUGGUUCAGCAGUUCAUCAGAUGGUUCCCAGUGCCCUUUAAGCAUGAAGAUAUUGCCAGGGUGGCCCUGCCUACAGAGGCAAAUAGCCAAAAAAUUGAUUUGUGUAUUACACCCCAGGAGGAUUCGCGUUCACUGGUAGAAUGGCUUAGAGAUUUUGCGCAUCCAGAGAAUAGUUAUGCUCAAGAUGGAUCCAUCGAAGAAGAAAAUUUUGAUACUAAUCUGAAGAAAUUGAAACACUCUGGUAGAUCUCAGGGUACAUUCAACUUUACAUCAACAUACAACUUCAGCACACAAAAAAGUGAGAGUUCUCUAAUUGCCAAGGGAGAUUUAUGGAGAGUUGAAGCAUCGCAAGGACGAUCGACAUCUGGAAAUGAGAGCUCUUCUUUAUUCCUACUCCAGCUUGGACCAGUUCUAUUUGUUCGUGAUUCAACACUUCUUUUACCUAUCCACUUGUCAAAACAACAUUUGCUUUGGUAUGGCUAUGACAGAAAGCAUGGAACGCAUUCUCUUUGUCCAGCUGUGUGGUCAAAACAGCGAAAGUGGCUCUGUAUGUCGAUGAUCUGUUUGAAUCCUUUGUCCUGUUCAUUUAUGGACUUGCAGUUUCCUAAUGGCCAAUUCACCUAUAUAUCUGGAGAAGGCAUGUCCACCAGUGCUUUUGUACCUCUCUGUGGAGGUUUACUUCAAGUUCAGGGUCAAUAUCCAGGAGACAUCAAGCUCAGUUUCUCUUGCAAGAAUAAAUGGGGGACCCGCAUCACACCCACACUUCUGUGGCCUGACAAAUCAUUGACCCUGAACUUGGCCCAGCCAUUGGCUUGGAAGAGAUCUGGUCUCAUUUAUAGGCCAACUGUUCAGUUCAGUUUAUGUCCUACAUAUGGUGGAGGCAACCCUGGGGUUCAAGCAGAACUUACACAUUCCUUCAAGAAUGAACUGAAUAUUACCUGUGGAUGUGCGCUUGCAAGACAUUCUUCUGCUUUUGUGUUGUUAUCUCUUGGCAGAUCCAAGUGGAAUGGAAAUGUUGGGAGCAUAGGUGCCAUUUUUAAGGUUGAAAUUCCUAUUGGCCGUGCUGGCAACCCUUCCAUAUCAGUACAGUUCAACAGCGGUGUUGAGCUUUGACGUUUUUUUUACUUCUACUGGGGGCUUUGGUGAUUCUCAUUUGUGUAUAUCCAACUCUUUUAGCUGCUGCCAUCAUCUGCAUGCCUCCCUCCUCUCCCCAUUUUUUUGUUAUACUUGUGGCAGUGAAGUGUCAAUAACUAAUAGCUUCAUGCCAUAACACGAGAAGUGCAUUGUGAAUAACAAAAAGAGUAUUAUUAACCACUUUCGCGACACGUAGUCUCUCUUUAUGAGAUUGGGAAUGCCUUGGAUUUUUGUGUGCUCAUCAGAGCUAGGCUGUGUUUAGGGGUAGCACUUUCGUUAGCAUUAUGCUAUUUUAACGUAUUUUGACCCAAAACAUGGUCUCACAUGUUAUUUGAGGUGUGAUAAAUUAGCAUUGUUGAA